AUGAACUUGUGGCAACGUUGGAUGGCGCUUCCAAAGAAAGCCCGUUUGUAUAUCGCCGGCCUGACGUUUGUGUUUGCCCUAGUGGGUGACCACGUGACCUCCCGUGUCAACGAGGAGGUGCAUGCCCGGAAAGAGCUCGAGGAGCUGCUCAACUUCUUCCCCGCUGUCAUUUUCAACGCUGCUUUUGACGCCUCCGGUUUGAUCGAAAUCGACCACGGUGCCAACCACACUCUGCUUGAGUGGAAAGAGAGCCAAUUUGAGCAAAUGAAGGCCUUGAUCAAGCAGGCUAAGUUUGACGAUUCUGCCCGCAGAAACGCCCAGGCUCUCUAUGAGACGAAGCUCCAGGAAUUCCGUCUCGGCCACUGUCCCUCCUGGGACGAUGAAGUGGAAGUGGAAGUUGAAGUCGUUUUAGAGAUUCUGAAGCAGGAUACUAAGAAGGAAGAGAAGCCUGAGGAGGAGAAUGAAGAGAAGGAAGAGGAGGAGAAAUCUGAGGAGGAGAAUGAAGAAAAAAAUGAAGAAAACUCCGAUUCUGACACUUCUUCCUCUUCUGAGUCCUCUUCUUCCUCUUCCUCUGACGCCCCAUUGGAAUCCUCCAACAAUACCUCCCCAGCUUCCUCUCCAGUAUCCAAGGCUGUUGUUUUGGCCACCUUCCCUGAAACCAAAACAGAGGUUGCCAUUCCCGCUUUUGGAGAGCAUUCUGAAGUCACCGACGCUCCAGAAGUGUCUGACGACGAGCUUUUCGAAAGCCUUGAGGAGCUGUACAGUGAGUUCAAGAAGGCCUAUACCGCUUCCCUUGACGCCCCAGUUUCACAUGAUACCCCAGUUUCUAAAGCUGAUUCUUCUUUUUCUCCGCCUUUGCCUGGCUCCCUUCCCCUGGGCCACGGAUGGCUCUACAACAACGACAUCUUCACCAUUCCUGAGGAAGAGGAACCUGAGGAGAUGCCUCAAGCCGAAAAGUCCACUUUUUCAUGGACUUUUUCCACCAACACGGCGCCUAGUGCAACUCUGCAACGCUGCGGUGAGCCAGAGUGUUCGAAUCUGGAGGUUUCUGGAGUUCAGAAGCUUUCUGGUGCUGGACACUCUGAGGUCUUGGAAGUUUCACACUCUGAGACUUUGCAAGCCGAUUUUGACCAGGAACUUUCCCCCAAUCUUGGUUCAAAGACUGUUUCAAAGCCUGGUUCUGCUCCUUCUUCAUCGAAGGCGAACCCCCCGGCUACCAACCUGGCCUACUGUCUCGAGGACUUCCCCUUCUUUAGACACGUUUUGGCCCAUUCGCCCAAGAAAAGCUUUCUUCCGGGCGAUUUCUUCAAAUUCCGGGAACUCUGCUACCCGAAGGAGGCGGCCACCUUUUUGCCCGGUGAAUGCUUCAGACUCUGGUCCUUGAGGACCACAAGGAGAGGUCCCAGAAGACUGAGAAGACGUGCUAGAGCUGCUCAGGUCGUCAAGGGAUAA